AUGGGGCCAGCUAGUGGCUUAGCUGACACUGACGUUGAGAUACAAGACGUGGGCUACAUUAAUCUUCCAAACCGAGUUGAUAGCCACUAUUUUUACUGGUACUUUGAGUCACGCAACAAACCAAGCACGGAUCCGUUGCUAGUAUGGCUUCCUGGUGGGCCUGGAAUGGGCGGCACGUACGGACUCCUGGUCGAGAACGGCCCUUUCACGAUUAACCCCGAUCUUUCCACGAAGCUGAACCCAUUCUCAUGGACUACACAAGCCAACAUGCUGUGGGUCGACAUUCCUGUUAAUUCUGGGUUCUCCUACUCGCCUGUCGCUGAAGACGAUGAGCUUACGGAUGAACGUGUAGCUGAGAGCGUGUUCUGGUUUCUCCAAGGCUUUUUGAAGAAACACCACGAGCUCCAAGGACGAGAACUUUUCCUCGUGGGUGAAAGCUAUGCAGGCCAUUUCGUGCCUACCGUGGCUCACUACAUUUGGAAGAAACAGGGAGAGCACCUUUUCUCCCCUGCUUCCGCCGACUCCGUCCCGAUAAACCUUCGGGGUAUCGCUAUUGGCAACGCGCUCACUGAUCCCGUGGAAAUCUUCAGUCAUUUUGUCGAUAUGGCCGACAAUCCGUAUAAUAUUACGCUAGUGAACGACACUCAAUUGGCAGCGAUGCAAGCGGCAUCUCCCCAAUGCCGAAGCUUAUUGACCGAGUGCCAAACGAAUACGUCGCGGUGCGCAGAAGCAGGCUCUUUCUGCAUCAGUACCCAGUGGAUUCCAGUAUUUGGAGAGCACCGGAAUCCAUACGAUAUCCGUCAAAAGUGUGACACUGCAAUGUCCAGCAUGAGCGCUUGUAUGCCCGAGGUACCAACAACAAAGGGAUAUCUAGAUUUGCCGAAGGUGCGUCAGUUCCUUGGAGUCCACCCCAGCCGUCCCGAGUGGAUUCAACUCAACGGUACCAUCAACGCCGGCUUUUUUGGACCACCUACUUACUCGGGACAAUUAUCCGUGGGUGAUAAGGUCGCUGAGCUGCUGAAUGCAGGAUUACGCGUGCUGAUGUACGUUGGCGACGCUGACCUGCUCUGCAAUUUCCACGCUAUUGAAGCGACUGCAAAGAAGCUCAACUGGUUUGGUACUACCGGAUUCAACGCAGCAAAAAUGCGUCCGUACACGUCCGCCUCGGGGAUCAAGGAUGCUGGCAUGGUGCAAUCGUUCUCCCACCUGACGUAUGUGAAAAUACACAACGCUGGUCACAUGGCCCCGGGGGAUCAACCCGAGGUCGCUCUUGACAUGAUCUCCAAGUUUAUUCGCAACAAGACGUUGUGA